AAGCUGUCCUUACUGAUGAUAUGCUGUGUUUGCGCGAACAGCAACAGUAAGUUCCAUUUCGUCAGAUUGGCAGUUAUGUAUUUUGACGUAAAGGUUGUCAUUUGUAUUUAUUUUUGUUUUUGUAAUUAAGCCAAAGUUUAGAAAAGUGCUUUUCGAUAACAGUUUAUAAAAUGGCAAAUUCGUCACAAAUUGAUACAAAUGUAGAAACACUUUCAUCUAUGUUUGAUGAAGGCCUGGAGUUAUAUAAUGAAAUUUGUAACAGUAAUGAACCAACAAAUAAUCCUACAGUUCAGCUCAACGUAAAGAAAACAAUGGGGAUUUUCGAACAAGCCACUCGUCUAGUGUCAUAUGCUGGACUUUUUAGUAGAAACGAAGGAAUAGAAGAAGUGGCCACCAAUGACUUACGUUAUUUUCUACUCCCUGCACUUUUAGGUUCAUUGAGCCUAAAAUUAACAAGCGGCGAACGGAAAGACAUUAUUGAAGUGGCAGAGAUAUACUUUAAAGAUUUUUUAACAAGGUGUAAUGAUUACAGCUUGAGCAAUUACGAUUUUAAUAACAAGAAGGAAGAAAAGGAAGCUAAAUCUGAGCUGGACAAAAUCAAAGUAUCAGUUAAUACAAGAGCUAACAAAAUUCAAAGGUUUAAAGAACAAAAAGAGUUAAAAUCUAGACUAGCAGAUUUAAAAAAGAAUGUUGAAAAUGAACAUGCAGAUGAAGAAAUAAAACGCGAUUAUUUUAUAACCAUGCUUAAAUUGUACAUACACGAAGCGGUGGAUGAAUUGAAUAGCAUACAAAAUGAAAAACCAAUAUUGGAAUAUAUGGCUGCUAUGAAACAAGAUGAGAAAAAACCCGAACCAAAACGUCCUGUCACCCCUCUUAAACCUAUUAUCAUUACAAAAGAUGAGGUUCAAAAAGCAGUGUUUGGUGCUGGCUAUCCUUCGCUACCAACAAUGACAGUACAAGAAUUUUAUGAUAAAAGGGUACAAGAUGGUGUUUUCCCAGACCCAACUAAAAAACCCACAGGAAGUAUGAGUCUGCAAGAGGCUUCUUUAGCAGGAGUUCACUUGAAUGAUGAUGAAAAGGAGGCAGAAAUGAAAGAAAAAGUUGUGGAUGAUGAUGAUCCAGAGUAUAUUGAGAGGAUGAGACAAAUGGAUGAAUUCAAAGAUGAACAUAGAAGGGGCUGGGGGAAUCGUAUGAACAGGAGUUAGUGCUUCAUUGUUAUUUUUCUGGUCAUUUUUGACAUGAUAUUACAUUUCAUUAGGGGUAGCCCACAGUGUCCACCUGAAAAAAGUUACAGUGUGUUAUCAGAAAUUCAUGAAGACUAAUAAUUAUAAAUUAAAAGUAUUAGCUGUAUAAUUCUAAUAAAUAAACUCAUUGAUUUAU